AUGCAUAAUCUGACUGAAUUAACAGGCAAUGCAACGUCACACACAAGCCACUCUGUGAUCAUCAAGGUGUGUGUGGUCAUCCCUUUCUUCUGCGUCUUCCUCUCUUGCAUUGUUGUCAUGCUGUGCAUCUUUGCAACUAACAGGCACUUCCUGGACACCUCCCGUUAUAUCCUGUUUGCCUACAUGCUGAUUAACGACACUCUCCAGCUCUUGUCCUCUGUGAUCCUUUUCCUUUUGGUCAUGUGUCUGGUAACAUUUCCUACUGUCUACUGUGUUCCUCUGCUGUUACUUUCCACUUCCACAUUCAUGAACACAACUUUAAUCCUGGCCACUAUGUCACUGGAGCGUUAUGUGGCGAUCAUCUACCCACUGCAGCGCCCAGCAGCCUGGCGCUCUGACCGUAUCUGGAUCAUAAUUCUGUCCAUUUGGUUUCUCAGCUUUAUUUUCCCUAUGAUUGAAUACUCUAUUGGGGAAAGAGAUCCUGCUGUGGAUAUCCUCUCCACACCUGUGCUCUGCAAACCCAUUUAUAUCAACUCAUCUCCAAUCCAGGCAUUGUUCCAAGCUGCUGUUAAUAUUCUCUUCUUUGUAGUAGUAUCUGUUGUUAUCCUCUUUACAUACAUAACAAUCCUGCUGAAAACAAGAAAGAUGAGACAGGAUAAGGUUUCUGCCAGCAAAGCCAAGCACACUGUGCUGCUGCACGGCUUUCAGCUGCUCCUGUGCAUGUUGGCCUUCACUCUUCCCAUCACUGAAAGUAUCAUGGCGCCACAUGUCAGCUGGCCACGAGAGGAUAUCGCCUUUUUUAUUUAUUUCUGUUUCAUCCUUAUACCACGCUUUCUCAGCCCACUAAUCUACGGCUUUAGAGAUCAGACGCUCAGGGACUGCUUUGGGAAAACCUUUCUCUGCUGCUCAAACAAAGCCAACCCAGUGUAA